UAUAACCCCAAUUUUCUUCAAAACAUCUAAGGUUCGAGCCCCAUCAGCGACUUUAUUUUUUUUUACAUUGAUUAAAUAAUGAUUAUUCAAUCUGCCACAAAUAUAGUGUCCCAAAAUUAUUCUACAGUUACAGGAAAAGAUAUCAAGCAUAUAAGUUUUAUUGUGAUUAUAGCACCAUGAACGUAACAAAAAAUCAAAACACAUUCCCAGAACCCAUGGAUUUAGAUCCAGAACCUGAAUUAUCCACUAAGGAGACACUAGUUUAUUUAGAAUUUGGAGACAAAAUGAAAGACUACAUCUUCGACCAAAAAAUCUUCUUCAGAAUGGCUGAAUUGGAAGGAACUCCGUUGAUACAAUUGAAUAAUCAUAUUUUCAAAGGGAAAUAUCAGUCGUGUAUUGGCACAAACUUAUUCUUCACAGACCACAAACAAGCCGAUCAAGAAGGUGGAAUUGAAGAUGGGGAAACUAUACGGUUGCAACAUCAGGCCACUCAGUUCAAACAUAUAGAGUUGACGCCUGUAAAAUUCCCAUCAGAUAUGGGCGAAUUACCUAAGCCAUCACACAAUAUUCAAAUCAAUAAGAAUUAUGAUUAUAAGUCACUUCUGAGAAAGUUUGCGCAUGGUGAUUUGAAUCUCAAAGAAGAUUUAGUUGUUGUUUCAAGAGAUAAUAACGUCGAGAGCAGACCUGUUGUAGAAGGAAAGGAGAAAAAAGGGCAGACAUGUAAGAAGGAUUCUAGAGUUCCUACAGAGGUGGCAGAAAGUCCUCAUUCUUCUAGCAGAGUUACUAUAGCACCUAUACCUAAACCGAGUGGUAGAACAGAGAAUCAAUCAAGUACUGCCAAUAAAUCUGUUUUUCAUCCAAAACAACCGCUAAACAAUGUUAUCGAUAUUCUCACUCAUAAGAUGGAAAAAUUGAAACGCUUAGCUUUGAGACCUACAAGAAGAAAAAAAGAGCCUGAAGUUGCGGCUGAAUGCGAGGAAAAAUAUAAAGAAGCCUAUGCUUAUAAUUCGUUGAAAAGCAUGGUAAUGAAACCAUCUGAUUCUUUUCGUACCAUCACUGAAAAGUUCAAUGAAAAAACCUUGGAAGGAGCUGCAGAUAUUGAUCGGAGUGUAAUGCAAGGUGUUUUGAGUUAUUCACCCAAAUAUUAUCGUGUAUUGAGUGAAGAUGAAAAAUCGGCAGUACUUAGCAUCAAGAACUUCGAUAAUUUGUCUUUGGCGGCUAGGUACAUCGUGAUCAAAUCGCAUCUUGAUCAUUUGGAGUCCAAAAUUCCAACUCUUUGUAGAGAAGAGUUUUUUGAGAAAGAUUCCAAUGGAAGGACUAUCCGAGAAAACAUCAAGAUUUAUAAGAGACUUCUUAGAGUGCUUAGUGGACUAGUGAAAGAAAAGUAUUGUUAUGAUAGUGAUGAGGAUUAAUACAUUCACUUUGGUUUAUCGGUGGAUCAACAAAAAUGUGAAUAGAUAAUUUUGUGAUAAAGUUUCACUAAAUCAUUUUAUAAAAGACAUCUGAUAUAUUAUGUUGAAAUUAAAACAUGUAACAUUGUGAAUUUCAUAAUUGUUAAUAGAAUACUUUUAUGAAUUGAAUUCAUAAUACAAAACCUCAUAGUAG